AUGAAGACCCGCUUCAGUGCCAUCUUUUUAAAAGCGCUGGUGAUCCACCACACCUUCGUGCCACAGGUACAUCAUCACUGCACACAAUAUUUUUGUUAUACUUGAGUAUAUAUUAAUUAAUUAAUUAAAUAAAACAUGAAAACGUAUUUAUUAUCAUACUUAUAUUGUUAUACUUUUUUAUUUAUUGAAGGUCUAUAUACUUUAUGUUCUUAUAAAUAUUCCUAAUAAAUUCAGGUCAUCACCGCUUGUGCCGUCCUGCAUAACAUCUGCCUGGGUGCCGGUGACACCAUGGCACCAGAAGUAGAUGUGCGGGACGGCAUGCCGGGGGAUGAGGUGGAGGACAGGCUGGAGGCAGCCAGUGGUGCCAGCUGGCGGGACAGAUUGUCUACAGAGGUGUCGGCCCUGGAGGAGGUAGACCACAACCAUGACUACCUGUAA